AUGCUCCUGGAGAAGGGAUGCGUUCCAAGAAUCCAGGCCAGCUGCGGAACAGCGAAUGUGGCUUUUCAUCCAAAGAAAACGUUUCCUGAGUGGUGGAGCUGUUGGCUCCAAGCCUUCGCGUUUCCACAGCCGGGCUGGACAGGCGAGGUCCGCAACACCCGCUGUGAACCUGGAGCAGGCGGCGACGUGAUUCCUGGGCAAGCAGAGCCUUUCUCUAAGUCGAUGUCUCCAGCGGACUGCCAACGUGCAUGUGAGCGUGUUCAAGCCUGCGAGGCUGUAAUCGUGCUGGAGAGCCAGGAUCCUAGCCCAUGCCAGAUGCGUACGAAUUUGGUCCUCUCGAAAUGCGUGGCCGCAAGCGGAUACAGUGUCUGGGCGAAACCCUUGCCCACAACCACAACUGCAUCAUCAGCGACAACUGUAUCAUCCACGACAACUACGACUGCAGUGAGCAGAAGCAGCAUACCGACAAUCGCUCCGAACCAGGCUCAAACCCCACCUUCACCUUCGAACACCAGCCAUGCAACUGCAAAAUCCAAAGAUGAUUUGCGCCAAGAUCUUGGUACUUGGCAAGAGUGGGGGUCGCUGAAUUGCUUCCACAGCUUUGCUUCAGAGCCGAUCUCCGUCUCUUCGUAUGUGGCUGAGAACUUGGAGGACUGCCUGUCGGAAUGCGUCAUGCACAAAGACUGCGAUGCUGUGGUCUAUGCCGUGGACAACAAAAGAUGCUGGUUGCGGCGAAAUCUGGACAUAGACAAGUGCACCGUCAGCGAUCGUUAUCGGAUCUUCGUUCGGCGGAUCAGUGCUUGCACAGCGCGUACUCCAGCAUCGAAAGUGCAGCACUCUGUUCUUGCCAUGUCGCUGGCUGCCUUCGCAGCUCCCAACGUCCAAGCAGGUGUCGGCAACAGUCCCGGCCUUUCCGUGCCGGUUGGACUGGCUAGCCAUACGCUGGACCAAGAGCAUCUGGGUUCACGUGGUGCUGGUCGGGCAUUGCUAUGUGCACCAGCUCUGUCUGCUUUUCUGGUAGCCUUCCGAAAAAAGCGCUCCCUGAGAAGACGGGCUGCCAAGGAGCAGGUGCAGACGAUGGAGAGACCACUUCUGGAUAAUGUGAUCACUGCUGGCGUGAAGGCGCUCGAGGCGGCAGAGCUCAACCGUGUGCGUUCCUCCUCGGAGUCCCCAAGCGAUGCGAAUGGCAACUGGGGCGGUGAGCCGCGGGAAUGGGCCAAUUCGGAUUCGAUCACGCAGCAGAUUUCGACGGUGUCGCAGAUGGGCCCCUUGGCUCAGGCCAAGCAGUUCAUAGCCGACAGACUGGCCGGGGAGUACGAUGCUGAGAGGAUAGGAAGCCUCAUCGAUGAGAAAGUGGCUUCAAACAAGAUCAUGAUGUUCUCAUUUUCCACCUGUCCUUUCUGCUUGCGGGCGAAACAAAUCCUCCAAGAAGACUAUGGCGAGGAGAUUGAAGUCUACGAGUGUGACCAGGAAGCUGACGGGUAUGCCGUUCGAGCUGAGCUUGGGCGGCGAACCGGCCGCACCUCCAUGCCUUCCGUCUACUUGGGUCCUUCUGUGUACUUGGGCGGCUGCAACGAUGGGGGUCUAGGAGGUAUCGCGACCCUGGAUAAGCAAGAGCUUUUGGGAAACCUGCUGGCCGAGCGCAAUGCUGCCACGAGUUCCUUCGCUCCGCUGGACUGGCUGGCAACGCUUGGACAACCAGAUCGGCAGGAGACCCUGAAGAAGAAGAAGGCCUUGCUGGCUGCCUGUGCAGAGGCACCGAAGAACGGCGUCGGUGCGAGCGAUGCUGAGAAGGACAAGGUGGAGGCUGCAGCCACGGAUCUGGAGGCACUUUGCCCCUCCAAUCCGGCUCAGGCUUCCCUCGAGGGUGUCUGGGAUCUGCAGUACUGCACGGCGGAGGGAAGCUCUAACGGCAAAGUCGGCCCCUUUCUGGGUGACGUUACGCAAACCUUCGUUGACGACGUCCAGUUCGUGAACGCAGUGGAGAUUGGGCCAGUGAAGGUUGCCUUGCAGGCAGAACGGGAAGUCCUUAAUGACAAAGAGAUCAGGGUGACUUUCAAGGAGACCGUGUUCUCAAUCCUGGGCAUCGAGAUCUUCCGCAAGCCGACUAAAGGUGCUGGGACCUGGAAGCAGAGGUUUGUGGACGCGGGCCUGCGCGUCAUGGACACACCUUCCCUCUUCGUGCUGCGCAAGCGCCGCAGCUAG